CAGCAGAAAGUUCCAGUCUCUGCAUUUCUACUCGCUGAUAUUGCCAAUGUCCAGCCCCAUCACAGUCUCUAACCACAGCCGUUGAUCUUCAUCUUCUUCAAAGAUCAAAACACCAUGAAGGAUGCGGAGAAACUUCUUUGGGAUCAGAUGACAGCAGCCAACCCCGUCCGCACCCCGACCAGCGCCAAUGCCGCCCAGGGUCGAACCCUCCCAAAGCUCAUGGUCUGGCUCAUCAUCUUCAUCUGCCUUUCCUACGUCAUCUACACCGUCAAACUCCUCUCCUCCCCCUUCACCUCAUCCAACCAUUGCAACGAUUCCCCCUCCAAUCUCCGCCGUCUAUCCUCAACGAUCCCCAACAUCUCCCUCCCCAAACCGUCGAUCAUCAUCCAAGAGAAGACCAGCACCGAUCCCCCUCCACAAUCCGGCGCGACUGAGCUCCGUCACAUCGUCUUCGGCAUCGCGGCGUCCGCCCGGCUCUGGGAGCAGAGGAAGAACUACAUAAAGCUGUGGUGGAAACCGAAGCGGAUGAGGGGAAUCGUGUGGUUGGAUAAGACCGUCACGGCCCACCAAAACGAAGGGCUUCCGCCGCUGAAAAUCUCCGCCAACACAUCGAAAUUCGCCUACUCGAACCGGCAGGGCCACCGGUCUGCGAUCCGGAUUUCGCGAAUCGUGUCGGAGACACUGCGGCUGGGGAUGGAAGACGUGCGGUGGUUUGUGAUGGGGGAUGACGACACGGUCUUCGUCGUCGAUAAUCUAGUUCGAGUUCUGUCGAAAUACGAUCACAGGCAAUUCUACUACAUUGGAAGCUUGUCGGAGAGUCAUUUGCAGAACAUAUACUUCUCUUAUGGGAUGGCUUAUGGCGGAGGGGGUUUUGCGAUCAGCUAUCCGCUGGCGAAGGCGCUCGAUCAAAUGCAGGAUCGAUGUAUUCAGAGGUAUCCGGGCUUGUAUGGUAGCGAUGAUCGAAUGCAGGCUUGUAUGGCGGAGCUGGGCGUGCCGCUUACUAAAGAGCUUGGUUUUCACCAGUAUGAUGUUUAUGGGAAUCUGUUCGGACUCUUGGCCGCUCAUCCGGUGGCGCCGCUGGUGUCACUCCACCACCUCGACGUCGUGGAGCCCAUCUUCCCCAAUGUCAGCCGCGUAGAUGCUCUCCGUCGCCUAUUUGUCCCAAUUCAGCUCGAUUCGGCCGGGAUCAUGCAGCAAUCGAUCUGCUACGACAAGGCGAAGAGAUGGACCGUCUCCGUUUCUUGGGGUUUCGCCGUUCAGAUUUUCCGGGGACUCUUCUCUCCCAGAGAGAUGGAAAUGCCUUCAAGAACCUUCCUCAACUGGUACAGAAGAGCAGAUUAUACUGCAUAUGCAUUCAAUACCCGGCCCGUUAGUCGGAAUCCUUGCCAGAAACCGUUCGUCUUCUACUUUUCGACAGCUAGAUCUGAUCCUAACAAGAAGCAGAUGACCACCGAUUACGUUCGUCAUCGGGUCCAAAUGCCCGCUUGCCGAUGGAAGAUGGCGGAUCCUUCCGCCAUUGACAAUGUGGAGGUUUACAAGAGACCAGACCCGCUUCUAUGGAACAAGUCUCCGCGAAGAAAUUGCUGCAGGAUAUUGCCAUCUAAGAAAAACAAGACCAUGAUGAUUGAUGUAGGUGUAUGUAGGGAAGGUGAGAUUAGUGAAAUGUAAAAAAAAAGCUCCUUUGUACUCUUCCAUUCCUUGUUCUUUAAUUGUUUUUCUCACCCCUCCCUUUUCCACCUUUUUCUACAAAGCAUUAAAGCGUCCACGUUCAGCUAGCGAUGAUUUCAAUUUUUAUACAAGUGGCAAAAUGUGGGACAUUAUGUCCAAUCAAAUGGGCCCCACUAGAGAAUCAUAUCCCAACCAUCCAAUUGGAGGUCGUGAGAGAUUGAUAAAUGGGACCCAUAAAUUUUGAUGGACUGGAUUUGGGUUAUUAUGGAUGGAAUCGAUUCUCUCUCAUCUCUUUCUUAUCUUAUAUUUCCUCUUUGAUUUUUGCAUACGGAAGGAGUAAAAGCGAUUACGCAUUUUUGCAUAAAAUAACUUAAUUGGUCCUGUUUUGGCGUUUUAUGGAGCAAACCUCAAGAGCUUAUGUAAGCAUAUCUGUUUUCUUUUGGUAAUUAGAAGUUGUGAUUGUCGUUAUGUAUUUAUAA